AUGAGUAUUGACGGUGAAUUUCUUCGAAAUGUCGAAGUGAAGACAGACGAGAUGUUUGGCAACUCGCUGAACGCGCUCUCGAUUAUUCGCUCAGGAAAACUCAUCGGAGUCAUCGAUAAGGAAGCUACAAAUGAUCCGAAUGCGUUACUCAUUUUGAAUCUCAUCAAAGAAGCAGACGAUAGGAAUCAAGCGAAUAUUACUAUCAGGCAAAUUGACAACAGGGUCUACUUACUUGCAAACAUCUCGAGAUAUUGCAUGUGGAGAACGUCUUCUGAUGCAACGAUAUACAGGCAACUUUGUGAUGAGCCUUCAAGCGUUCUAAAAGUCAACGAACCACGUGAACACGGUGAACUCGAACCCGGUCAGCUAGUUCCAGAAGGUCAAGCUCACAAGUGUGCAUUGUGCCCGAAGAGUUUCUCAAGUGCUAGCGGCCUCAAGCAGCACUCGCAUAUUCACUGCAGUUCAAAGCCGUUUCGCUGUCACAUCUGCAACAAGGCUUAUACGCAAUUUUCCAACCUCUGUCGACAUCGGCGUAUUCACCUGGAUGGAUGGCAGUGCCCCAUCUGCCAACAAUCACUACCGUCGCAUAACGCUCUUGUGAAACAUCGAACUUUGUGCGAAAUGGCAUCUGCUCUUUACAAACCGCUGAUUCCUCACAUGCCCAUACCGGGCCUGUCCGCCCACAUGAUCCCCAACUACUGGCCGCAUCUUCUUCAUAUCGCCACACAGAUGCAUUCUGUUCCUAUGGGUAUGUACGGACAAAUGGAUGCGUACAAGAUGCUGAACGCCAGUUCAGACAUUGAGAGCUCACCGCAAUCAAGCGGCCAUACGAGUGAGCACUCGCCUUAUGAACGAAAAGGAAGUCCCUGCUCAGAAGCCGAAGCAAGUCCGCUGGACUUGACGACGAAACGAGAAGAGCGAAAAUCGGAAUGCGAAAGCAACGACUCUGGCAAUGAAGACGAGAACGAGCUGUCAUCGUUCGCAAAACGAGCCGAAUCCGUUCAGCCUUGUCUAACUCCGACAAUGAAUCCGUUCAGUUCUCCAGCUUUCCUUUCGUUAUUACAACGACCGUUUCCGUACUCGACCCCUUCAUCGUAUGCCGUUAGUCCUCAAGUCACAAAGACCACAAAGGAUCGAUACACGUGCAAAUUUUGCCAGAAGGUGUUCCCACGCUCAGCGAAUUUGACGCGCCACUUGAGAACGCACACCGGAGAGCAGCCAUAUAAGUGCCAGUACUGCGAACGGUCCUUCUCGAUCAGCUCAAAUUUACAACGACAUGUACGGAAUAUCCACAACAAGGAACGACCGUUUCGUUGUCCACGAUGUGAUAGAUGCUUCGGGCAGCAGACGAACCUUGAUCGGCAUCUGAAGAAGCACGACGCUAGCCAAAUAGCGAGCGAUAAAGGACAAAGAUACUUGUAUAUAUGUAUUUAA